CCGGCCGUUCUUGAGAGACCACAUGUCUGCCUGUUAUUUCCUUACAAGGCAGGGCCGUAGAGAUGCUUUAAAGGGAGACGGAUGAGGCGGGUGGAGCAAGCCAGCGCGCCAGGCGUGGAGGGCUCUUUCUGCACUGCCCUGCUCACUGCUGUCCACGAUGCCGCUCGGGAAAGGCUGGAAGAAAAAGGUUGAGGACAUCACCAGUGUCUAUGACAUCAAGGAGAAGCUGGGCGCAGGAGCCUUUUCAGAGGUAGUCUUGGCACAGGAGCAUGGAUCCCAGCGCCUUGUAGCCCUUAAAUGUAUUCCUAAGAAAGCCCUGCGGGGAAAGGAAGCAGCCGUGGAGAAUGAAAUUGCUGUACUCAAAAAGAUUCAGCAUGAGAACAUUGUGGCUCUGGAGGACAUUUACGAGAGCCCCACUCAUCUGUACCUGGCCAUGCAGCUAGUGACAGGAGGGGAGCUCUUUGACCGCAUCAUUGAGCGGGGCUACUACACGGAAAAGGACGCCAGCCAGCUCAUCCGGCAGGUGUUGGAGGCCGUGAACUACCUGCAUGAUCUGGGCAUCGUUCAUCGGGAUCUCAAGCCUGAAAACCUUCUGUAUGCCACUCCAUUUGAAGAUGCCAAAAUUAUGAUUACAGACUUUGGGUUGUCCAAGAUUGAGGCUGAUGGGAUCAUGUCCACAGCUUGUGGCACCCCUGGCUAUGUGGCCCCCGAGAUCCUGGAGCAGAAGCCAUAUGGAAAAUCUGUGGACUCCUGGGCGCUUGGCGUCAUCUCCUACAUCUUGCUUUGCGGUUACCCUCCCUUCUACGAUGAGAACGACUCUGAGCUUUUCAACCAGAUCCUGAAAGCUGAAUAUGAGUUUGACUCCCCGUACUGGGAUGACAUCUCUGAUUCGGCCAAAGAUUUUAUCCGGCACCUUCUAGAACGUGACCCUGAGAAGCGAUUCACCUGUGAACAGGCCCUGCAGCAUCCCUGGAUCUCUGGGGAUACAGCUCUGGACAAAGAUAUCCAUGGCUCUGUGUGUGAACAGAUUCAGAAGAACUUUGCUCGUAGCCAGUGGAAGCGAGCAAUCAAUGCCACAUCCUUCUUGCGCCACAUCACCAAGCUGGGACCUGGUGCAGAGGGCGAAGAAAUUGGAGAGGCUACGUCCGGAGGACAGCAUGGGAAAUGGUGACCAGAGAGGUGCCCGAAGAGCCGGGGCCGCUGCCCUUUGCAUGAGCUACCCUCCUGCAUGCGGCUUCACAGCCACGACGCUGCGCCAGCAUUCUCGCCCAAGGGGUGGGAGUGUCCUUUCAUUUCCUGUUCCCCUGUCUGGGGAUAUCUCUGCUCUGAGGGGAUCCGGGAGUUAAAUCAAGUCAACAGCUGUCCAGCCUGCUUUUAGCAGGGCCCAAAGUUACCCUGCCUUGGACCAAAAUUCAAUCCCACCCUUGAGGCUGGUGGGACCCGUCACAAUCCUGCUGCGUUACUCACCUCACUUCCGUCCUUGUCAGCUGCAGAGGCCAGCAAAAGCGCUGGAGGAUCCGGGGAGAAAUGUUGUGGUGGGAAGGUUAGAACACACACACACACACACACACACACGUCCCUUCCCCUCUCAAUUAUCCUGUUGGGGGUAAUUCCAAAAUCGAUCUGAGAUUAUCUUUCUCCUCCCUUUGGGAGUAACAAAAUGGGACGAAUGGAAUCUGGAAUACAGAAGAAGCAGCCAUCCGCAGAGCUGAGAGGCCGUGUGGAGUACCGACUGUGAGAUAGCUAGUGACAGCUGGGUUAGGGUCAAGGUGCCGUUGGGUAGACAUUUUGGGAACCUUGGGAUUUGGGUUUCAGAAGGGGUAUUUGGCUUGGUUUUGCCAAACUCCCCAUAGGUGAAGACAAUUGCAACCUUUCAAGAGUGGUGGGAGUGGUUUGAGAGCACUGCUGCUGCCCUCCAGUUAAACUUACUUUUCUUUCUGUCCUGCGGUGCAAUUUUGGGGGGGGGGAUACGUUACUUUUUUUCAGCGUAGUUCAAUUUGAACCAGGAAAAGUGUUAGCAGUGGGAAACAUGUAUUAGUUAGUACUCAUAAUCUCUCUCUCUCUCUCUCUCUCCCUCUCUCUCUCUCACGCACGCACGCACGCACACACACACACUCCGCCCCCAAUCCUGGAGCAGUUUUGCAUCCAUUUUAAAAACGGUCUUUGUUUUGUAUGGGUAAGUUGAAGGAAGAAAAGUUCUCGACAUAGACACUUAUGCACUGCUUAUAAAAAUAGCAAAAAAUAUAAUUCUGAAGUCUGCUUCGUCAACAAGACGUGGGGCCAGCAAAGAGUUUAGAUUGACCCGUCUUCUUGGCAUGGGAAGCAAUUGUCCAUUCCAGCAUUUGACUUGCUAGUAUAUAUGUAUAUUAUAUGAGUUGUGAAGCUGGGUCUACACUCUGGGGAAAGAACCUGCUCUUACGAGGCUGCAACUAUUUUUACCUCGGGUUGGUUGGGUGUUUUAUUGUAAUGGCUCAGCUGACGUAGAGAAGGUCUUGUCAGAAUUCUAGGGGAAUGAAAGAGCCAAUAGAGGCUUAUUAGGGGAUGGCCUGGACUGGAUGGGUUAGGUUGGCCUUCCCCAACUGGCCUCCAGAGGUGUUGGAUUGAAACUCCCAUAAUUCCCAGCCAGUAGGACUGGGAAUGAUGGGAGUUGCAGUCCAACGCCUCUGGAAGGCAUUUGGCUGGGGAAAGCUGGGUUAGCUGUUCUGCUUCAGUUAAUGUCAGAGCCAUCACUACUGUACACCUCUCCCCAUAGUAGAAGUGAACUGACCCAUAUAAGACAGUUCUACCAUCCAGUCUGAAAGAGAUUUGCUUCUCUGAAGUGGAACCCAGGGAUGUACUACGAAGGGUGUAGGCUAACCCGUGUAUUUCCCCCCCUCUUCCAAAAAAGGCCCUUGCUGGGGAAGGGCAGUAGCCCUUCCCAGAAUACCAAACCCUCCACCACCUGCCCUUAUUUUUCUUCCUCCUGUCGGACUGAACAUUUGCUUUGCUGUGUUGCUCGGAGCUGGAGAUUUUCUUGUGGUUCUCGUGGGCCUGAUGGGGGUUGUUUCCUUUAUGCUUCCCCCUCCCCCACAUGUGUCAAUAAACAAAUGGAAACAGUAA